AUGCCGCGUCACCUCCAACCGAUCAAGACCAUUCCCUUCAAGCGCCCAGAGGUCGAUCUGAGUGCCAUGCUCAACAUUGAGCAGAUGAAACAGCUGCAGGUCCUCAUGGGCGCCAUCAUGGACGAGCUGCAGACGCAGGUCCGUGACACAUUCGAUAAGAUGACUAUCACUCCAGUUGAGUCUACUCAAGGCAUUGCCGCUCCCAAGGAUGCCGCCAAACCUAGGCCGAUUUUGACAAUCCCUAAAUCACAAGAUGAGGCCACGGCUUUUUCCAAGAAGACUGAGAUUGACUUAGCAAUGGCGAGUUUGACCGAGCUGAAGCGAGAUGCCCUGGGCCACUUCGGAAAAUGGCGCGGACUCGUCUUCAAACGCCUGCAAGAGAUUAUUAUCAAGAAUGGUGGCACCGGUGGCAACGUUGUUCGCCAAGGACCGCAACAAGCACCAGUACCCUUACAGACAGGCGAAGCGUCUAAUGCCCAGCAUAUCCAGCUCUACCCCCCCAUGUAUACAGCACUUUGUAACCUCCCAAAAGAGAAGCGGGCCUUGAUUCUUCAUACGAUGUUGUUGAUGCUUCUAGGGCUCGAUCAAUACCCAACAUAUUCGCGAAUUACACUGGUAAAGCUUGCGACUGCAUUGGAAGUGCCGACAUUUGUGCUGCUGCAGGAUGAGUAUCGAGUCUCUCAGGCCCUAGCCCAAAUUGUCAAGGGAAUUUCUGCUGAAGAGGUUGCCCAAAGGCGCGCAGAAGAGGGUAAACCGGCCAAACGAUGGCGGGCAAAUGGUCAUUAUAACUCUGGUGCCCCCAGUUUCUCCGAUGUACUCGCAGAGCCUCUUGUGGAUGCUGGCAUUGGAACGGUCUUUGGAGGUAUUGGACUUAGUACAUCGACCACGGCGACUCUGUUGGGCGGCAUUGGCACAACGGACAGCACCGUUCCUGUCGGAACCUUGUUUGGGCUAUACGGAGCCCGACAGGGCGGCAAGACGAUGGACGCGUAUGGGAAAGACAUACAAGAUUUCGGGCUGAUACCAAUGCACGGCUCUCUCCAGUCCGAGUUGCUCGACCCAAAAGAUGUACCAGCAGAGAAUCGUCGCAUGCGUGUUACAAUUGGUAUUAGCGGCUGGACUACCGAAGAGAAUGAUUUCCGAUACCCUUGGAGUGUAUUCGGACAAUUGAACGAGGUCUAUGCUCUUCGCUGGGAGCUUGAGGCUCUGUCCAAAUUUGGCGGUGCUUUGCAGACAGUCAUGAAUAGUACCACUUGGAUUACUGCCAGGAAGGAUGCUGCCCGGCAAGAUGUCUUUACUAGUCUAAAGACUUCUCACUGGCCGGAAACUCUGCUCAAGGCCAGCAAAGUCAUGGACAACCCUUGGACGAUUGCGAUGGUUCGGGCGGAGAAGACGGGUCUCGUCCUAGCUGAGAUCCUAACCAAUAAAGUACAGGGAGAAAGGGCCGUGUCUCUAGUCGGAUACGGACUUGGCGCCCGGGUUAUCUACGCGUGUCUGACUUCACUGUCAGAGAAGAGAGCUUUUGGUGUUAUCGAAAACGUCGUUUUAUUUGGAGCGCCUUGUCCCUCCGAGAUCCGCGUUUGGACGGCAAUGAGGAGUAUUGUUACAGGUCGACUGAUCAACGUGUAUUCCAAGAACGACUAUCUUCUCGGGUUCCUUUAUAGAACUUGUGCUUGGCACUUUGGCAUUGCAGGGCUACAAGCCAUUGUGGGCGUCCCGCGAGUUGAGAAUAUUGACCUUAGCGACAGCAUCAGCAACCAUCUUCAUUAUCAAUAUCACAUCGGCGAUGUUCUACUCCGGCUGCGCUGGGAGGAUGCUGAUUUGGCCGAAAUCAAUAAGGAGCUGCCAAAGAGAUCGUUUGUAAUGCAGCAAGAUCAUGACUUUGCGCUACCACUUAGAGGACAGAAUGGGAAUACCAUUAAGGCUCCGAGGACUGAGAGAGGACAAAAAGACAGGGUUGCAAAUAAGAAACAGAAUGGAAAGUGGGUGCCGAAGGAAAAAUCAGCAGGUAAGCAAUCAAACAGCAAAACAAAGCAGACGCCAAACCAGGGCAACCAACAUGUGCAAGCGCACACACAUGAGAACUCCAAGCCACGCCACAGACAAGGUCGCAUGGAGAACCAGCGCCCCAUGAGAGCUCAUCGCCAGGAGACCCAGCAAGGCUAG